CACAUAUAUGUACCAUAGUAUAUUUCUAAAAUUAAUAUAAAUUCUAAUAAGAAAAAAAUCCCUUUUUCUGCUUUGUAAGACUCUGUAUAUUAAAACAUACCGUGCCAUAUAUAAUUAUGGUGCAUGAUUGCAUUCGUUCUGUCCAUGUGCGAAUAUCUUCCUGUUUUCUCCCUGGGUUGCUCUUAUUCCAUUAAUCAAAUUAAAAGCCAUUAAAACGAAACUGAAAUUGAAACUGUUAAAUGCUAUAUUGAAUUACUUCCAUACAUUAAGUAUACAGUGAAAUAUUUUUAUUUAUUUUUGUCCGUCCGUUCGUCCGUCCAUCCGUCUGUUGGUUCGUUCAUCUCUCGUUGCGUUUUUGUUGAUUUUGUAAAUCUCCAAACUUCAGCUAACCGCAUGAAAGUGGAUUUUUUUGUUUUUUUUUUUUUCUUUGCUUUCGCAAAUUAAACCUAAUAACGCCCCCUGAGGAGAAUUGAAACAAUUUUGUGUUAUUAAUCCUCUUAUUUUUUCCCCUCUGUUGCAUUACAUUUAUUUUGCAAUGUACGAGACAUUUCUUCUUUUUUUUUUUUUUUUUUUUUUUUUUUCAUUUUUUCAACUUUAAAUAUAUAGCUCAUCUCUGUAUUUAUAUAUUCAGGAACAUCAGUUGUGGCCAGUAAAACAAAAGCAAACAAACAAACUAAACCAAAACCAAACCAAACCAUAGCAAACGAAAACCUAACCGAAACUUUCAAUGUCUUUCUAUGCCACUAUGUUUGAUUUAAAACUCUUGCAACUACUUUAAAACGUGCGCAGUUUGCCUUUUCGCUCGCUUACAAUCGUACACAAACAAACACACACACAUACACAUCACAUUCGUAACAAAUAUGCUUCCGGGGAAAGGUAUGGUAUGCACAUGCAUACAAUAUAUUGUAUAUACGACAGAAUGCACAUUAAAUGUAAUGUAAACUGUCUCCUCUUUCCAGCAAUUGUCUUGUAAAACAUUUAUUACUGAUCAUUUGAUCGGUUGUGUCGGUUUGGUGUUGGACAGUUUAAAUUGUGCUUUAAUUGUUUUUAAUUCCUGUUCAUUUCGUAUCUUGCUACUAAAUAUGUGUAUAUGUAGGUACGAGUGAUUGUUUACGUGCAUGCACACAUAUAUAUAUAUAUAUAUAUAUUUAUCGCAUUUUGUGCACAUAUACGUCUGUGUAAACACAUUAUAUGGUAUAAAUGCUGUCAUUUCUUUAAAUAAAAUGAAGAAAAGUAUAUUCGCCUCGGGCUGCAUUAAGGAUACGCGCAACUUGAAGCGUUUAAUUAAAAAUGAAAACAAAAAAAAAAAAACAUAUGGCGAAUUUAAGGCGUGUCAACUAAGCGAUCAAUUCCUGGGUGGCACUGCAAACUUUCCAUAAUUAAUUUCGAAAACUAACAGAAAUCGCAAAAGACAGUUUGUUGCCCGCCGCGGAUAUGAUUUGCCGUCUGGCUACACUGAUAAUGUUUGCCUUAAAUUUGCUGAAACGUGGACCUAGAAUAUAUCAGACAAACUAUAUGAAUACACGUAACAAUCAGUUUAAGGCCAAGUUCAAGGACGGCGGCGAAUGGCCGACAUUCAAUGAUUGCCCGGUACCCUCUGGUUCGUGGAAAAAAGAUUACGAUAGUCAUCAAAAGCUUUAUAACGGUGUAUUAAUAAGUGGCUUGUUAGCUUCGAUUGGUGCCGCAGUUCUUGUAAGCUUUUAAGCGUAUUCGAACUUAAAACUUGAAAGGGAAUUUAAAUAAGAUUUUCGAUCUCACUUUCAGAUGGGGGUGUGCGUCAAUUUCAAUUUCAUUAUGCCUGAAUAUCCUUAUAAAGAAGAAAAAGACGAGGAAGAAGGUGGCGGUGAAGGAG